AUGGCGGCAGUGAAGAUCGCUUGCUUGGCUCUGUGCAUUAUACUGGUGGCAGCACCGGCGUCGGAGGCAGCGAUCGGGUGCGGGCAGGUGGUCGGAAGCCUGUCGCAGUGCCUGAACUACCUGAGGGGUGGCGCAACGGCGGUGCCGCCAGCUUGCUGCAGCGGUGUGAGAUCAUUGAACAGCAUGGCUACGACCCGCGCAGACCGCCAAGUCGUCUGCAAUUGCUUGAAGUCUGCCGCUAGCUCCGUGCCCGCGUCCGGCCUCAGCAAGGCUGCCGGCAUCCCCGGAAAGUGCGGCGUCAGCAUUCCCUACAAGAUCAGCCCUUCCAUUGACUGCUCCAAGUAA